CAAACACAGUCGGUCCAAUAUGGCACCGGCGAUGCCCCCGGUUAGGGGGAGGUCCGGCGCGUUCGAGGCACGUGGGAAAGGGUCUGCUGAUGCUGGAUUCAGGAAUCAGAAAGGGAAACGCAAGACCUGGUGUUCUAACCACCCGCAAGCUUUCGGCGGCAGCAUUCGCGAAGGACAAGGUUUUGCAUUUCGGAGAAAACUGAAGAUCCAGCAGAACUAUAAGAAAUUGCUGUGGAAGGUGAAGAAGGCAACAGUGUCACAGGACUCCCAGUUCACAGAUCACUACCCAGAUCACCUGAAACAUCUCUAUUUAGCUGAAGAAGAACGCCUCAGGAAACAGCAAAGAAAAGCUGGCCAGCCCUUGUCUGGAGAACAGGUUGACCAGCGUUUGCCUGAAGAACAAUGCAAAGCUGAGCAGACUUCCUCUGAAGACCAGCUUUUAAUCAAAACAGUAAAUUCUUCGACUAUCCCAAAGAAAAAUAAAAAGAAAACAUCAAAUCAAAAAGCACAAGAAGAAUAUGAAAAGGUACAAGCCAAGCGUGCUGCCAAGAAAUAUGAAUUUGAAAAGAGAAAGCAAGAAAGAGAAGAAGCCCAGAGGCUCUACAAAAAGAAAAAGAUGGAAGCAUUCAAAAUACUGAGCAAAAAGACUAAAAAGGGCCAACCAAACCUGAACUUACAAAUGGAGUAUCUUCUUCAAAAAAUACAGGAAAAAAGUUAAAUUAGACAUUGGGUUUUUAAGAGUUAAAAUAUCUGACUUUUGGGUUCUUUUGUAUGUUUUGUGGGUACUUCCUAACAACAAACUAAAUGUGUUCAGAUAAUAUUGUAAAUACUUUUUAUUUUAGUAAAAGAAGAAAGGGUGUAUAUGAGCCACAAAGUAUGAUUCUCGUCUGAGAACUGAGAGAAACUUCAGUGGGAUUUGUUUAAGAUAGCAGAGCUUACAGGAAAGCCUUUCAGUAAUAUAAACAUGUACAGUUCAGUAAUCAGUCACAGCAUUUUGCUUUUUAUUUGUUUUUGUACUGUGAAUUGAGCAUAGGUCCUUGCACGUUUAGUAAUUGUACUACAACUGGACUAUAUUUCAGCCCCUUGGAUCUUUAACACAAGGUCCCUACACUGUG